CUCCCAUCUCUGCCGCCAGUCUCCCUGGGAGAUCAUCUUCUGCGUGCGGUGGGUGCACAAUGACGAGGGCUCCUUUCACAGGCUCGUAGGAGCUGCGUGCGCAAACCGAUUUUCAAGAUCCAGGAACACGACGGGAACAUGAAAGGGAGGGGGCGGAAGCAACAUGUAACAAAUAUAUAACAGGCCACGUGAAUAACUCGGACCCUGAUCAUUAGGUUGGCUCAGCAUCCCGGCGAUUGGACACGAGAUGGCAUGGGUGGAGGAGUACAUCCCUUGGCGCACGCAAAUGCUCUCUAUCGGGGGGCUGCUCGAGAACGUGUGGGGGUCUAUGCCCCCCUCCGCCUGGCUAGGAGUUGGCACGGCCUCCCUGUUCACGGGGUACUGGUACCUGUCACGGCCGCGGCCCAUCUGCCCGCCGUGCCAGCUGACGCAGCAGUCCGUGGAGGUGGAGGGCCAAGACGGUGUGAGAAGAUCCGCCCUCUUAAAGAAGGACAAAUUGCUGGAGUUUUACUACGAAGAUGCAAAGACCAUGUAUGAAGUCUUCCAUCGUGGAAUGCGCGUUUCAAAGAAUGGGCCAUGUUUGGGCUAUCGGAAGCCCAAAAAACCAUACCAGUGGAUGUCCUACAAAGAGGUUGCUGAAAGGUCGGAGUGGUUUGGGUCGGGGUUAAUCCACAAAGGCUGCCGCCCAGCCACGGACCAGUUCAUCGGAGUCUUCGCACAGAACCGGCCAGAGUGGAUCAUCACGGAGCAGGCUUGCUACAUGUACUCCAUGGUCGUGGUGCCUCUGUACGACACGCUGGGGCAAGAGGCCAUCUGCUUCAUCAUUAACAGAGCGGAGAUCGCCGUCGUGGUGUGCGACACGGUGGAGCGCGCCCGCGUGCUCCUGCGCGGCGUGGAGAACCGGGAGACCCCGGGCCUGCGGACCGUGGUCGUCAUGGAGACGCCCGACUUGGGCCUCAUCCAGUGGGGCAUCACCUGCCGUGUCGACGUGCUGUCCUUCCAGUACAUCGAGGACUGCGGGAGAAUGCACAAGCGAACAACAUUACCACCCAAGCCUGAAGAUUUGGCGAUUGUUUGUUUUACAAGUGGAACAACAGGUAACCCGAAGGGAGCCAUGCUCACCCAUCGCAACAUCGUCUCCGACAUGUCCGGCUUUCUGAAAGUGACCGAGAGCUUGUUCUUGCCAGAGACGAGCGACAUCGCCAUCUCGUACCUCCCGCUCGCUCACAUGUUUGAGAGGCUGGUCCAGGCCACUUUGUUCUGCCACGGGGCCAGCAUUGGCUUCUUCCAGGGCGAUGUGCGGCUGCUCUUGGACGACAUGCAGGCCCUCAGGCCGACCGUGUUUCCCGUGGUCCCUCGCAUUCUCAACCGCAUGUACGACAAGGUGCUUGGGAGCACCCGAACGCCCUUCCGGAGGAAGCUUCUGGAGUUCGGGGCGCGGCGGAAGAUGGCGGAGCUGCAGCGAGGAGUGGUUCGCAGGAACUCCCUGUGGGACUGGCUCGUCUUCCGCCCCAUGCAGCUGAGCGUGGGCGGACGCGUCCGCAUGAUCAUGACCGGAGCUGCUCCCAUCUCCCCGGGAGUGCUCAACUUCCUGCGCGUCGUCAUGGGCUGCCAGAUGUAUGAAGGCUACGGACAGACAGAAUGUACAGCUGGCUGUACCCUAACCCUGCCUGGAGACUGGAAGGCCGGUCACGUUGGAGCGCCGAUGCCAUGCAAUUACAUAAAACUGCAUGAUGUGAAAGACAUGGAAUAUUACACAUCACAGGGAAAGGGAGAGGUGUGCGUCAAGGGCCCCAACGUCUUCAAGGGGUACCUGAAGGACGCCGAGAAGACGGCCGAGGCGGUGGAUCGGGAUGGGUGGCUUCACACGGGAGACAUUGGCCAAUGGAUGCCCAACGGAACUCUGAAGAUCAUCGAUCGCAAGAAGCACAUCUUCAAGCUGGCUCAGGGGGAGUACAUCGCUCCCGAGAAGAUUGAGAACGUGUACUCUCGCUGCGAGCCCGUGGCCCAGGUGUACGUGCACGGGGACAGUCUCCAGGCCUGUUUGGUUGCAGUUGUGGUACCUGACCCAGAAAUACUUUGCUGCUGGAUCCGGAAGAAAGGCAUCGUGGGAACAUACUCGGAGCUCUGCAGAAAUAAGGAAGUAAGACAAGCAAUUCUGGAAGACAUGCAACGCCUCGGCAAGGAAUCUGACUUGCAGCCUUUUGAGCAGAGGGCAGCAAUAGGACGAGGCUGCACUGACUCCACGGUGCCACCUGCCGCAGGUGAAGGACGUUCACCUGCACAACGAGAUGUUCAGCAUCGAGAACGGGCUGCUCACGCCCACGUUCAAGGCCAAACGGACGGAGCUGAGGACGCACUUCCGCAGCGUCAUCAGCAGCAUGUACCAGAACGUGAAAGCGUGAGACGGAUGGCAUGGACACUUGCAGCUCACCCACAAAGCGUUCUCGACACGACAGGACCCCCCCCCCCCCCCCCCCCCCCCCACGUAGCCCUGCGUGGUUGAGCUGCAAUAAUCGCUCUCGGAUGUGUUUUCGAGAACCGUUCCUGAAGAAGCGCCCAGCACUCGGAGCGAAACGUCGGGCAUCGUGCCGAACAACACGCGGUAACAACCCGAAAACACACCGGAGAGAUACUUUCAAUACAACAUCAUCAUCAUCGUCAUGGCGAUCAUCAUUAUUAGCAUCACAGUUACCAUCACUGUCAUCAUCGCCAGCACGAGAUCAUCCAUGGUUUAUGUCUGGGAACCAUCUGCCGCCUUAAAGCGUUCUUAUUGAAGGUGGGCGUUAGUGGCUAAUGCGGGGAUGAAGCUGCCGUGCGUGCGCGUGUGAGAGACUAGAGGUCAGUGGAGUCUCUAUAGGAGGCGAUUACGAAGCGUAGUGGGGGCUUUAGUGCGCCCACUGCUCACACACAUUAACAAGCUAAAGGGAUUGUGCAAACCACCCAACGCAGGAAUUUCCUGCUCAUAAUAGUCCUUCGGGCCUUUCCUGCGAUUGACAUUUGACUGACUGGGGCUCUAACAGGCUGGCACACAACUUCACUGAUCACCACCGGGUUAUUGUCGUCAUGUCAAUCGCUGUCGCUGCAGUGACCCUCGUCAUUGAUUCGUACCGUAAUUGAUUUCUGGGUCUAUUCGCGUGAGUAGAACGCGUGUCGUACACCCCUCUCCACCCGACACACGCCAAUGUAAUAACGGUGUCACGUGAACACACGUGAUUGCUCUCUGACACGACUUACCCGUUUGCUGGCACGUUUGUCCCACGUGAAAACUUUAUUAAUUGAUAAUGGAGGUUUUUUGGGUUGGAUCGAGCAAAUAUAAAUGCGUCGAAUUGUAAAUGUUGUGGGUUUACUCUCCAACAAACCGGUUUGCUUAACUAGUAACUAAUUAGUAAUUAAUCAUUAAUUAUUAUGCUUUGUUUACAUGACAAAUCUUACUAAUUGGCUGUGUCGAGUGGUGGCGGGUUUAACGACACAUUUAUAUUUUUACGCGAUCUAACCCAAAAAAAACCUCCAUUUUGGAUAAUAUUGGUCGCGAAAGCCUACGUGUUAAACUAACUUUAUUAAGUGGUCAUGUCGGGUGGAGUGGGGUGUACAACACACAUUAUACUCUCGCAAUCUAAGCCACAAUUCAAUUGCAAAUCAUAAUAUUGGUAGCGACCGUAAUUGAUUUAAUUAUGUAGCUUUUAUCAGUGUUCUCUUAAUCAUUUAUUCUAAUGUCACGAUCAUAACCGUGGUCAUCAUCCUUACGCCUGUCGUCAAAUCUACUAAACCCGCGUGCUCCAUGUAUGGAAAUAACACCUUAAUUUAGAAUGAACCGCCGUGUUUGUGUUCAUCGCUAAAAUUACUCAACGUCUCUUAUUCUAUAUUUAGUACAUCAUGUCAAGCUUACAAAUGUAAAGUCUAUGUACAUUUCUGUUUAAUCAAAACAGUAUACGAAAUCACGGCACUGUCUGCAAAACCCACUGAUCGGUGUAAUAUUCGUCGGCAUGUCAAACAUCUCUUGUAAGAUGUUUGUGCGCAGAUCUGUAAAACAUGACUUGCUAUUAAUACACAUUUCAAAUGUGAAGUGUUACACAAUGCAUGUGAUCAGAGUAACUAAUUGAAUGUACAUGUAGUUUAUUUUAAUAAAGUAUAUCUUAAAGUA